AUGAACCUUCAUUGUGAAAAGCUUAAAGCAAUGUAUACAUUACCAAUGCGGCAAAUAAAACUAAACAUUGUCGAAACAGCACCUGAGUUUGUCUUCUUCUACAAUUUAAACUCCGCCAGAAGUCCAUAUAUACACAGAACAGAACCCACCGCAAACAGAAUUCAAUCACCACCAUCUUCUUCAAAAAUCAAAACCAUGGAAACACCAACGGAAAUCCCUUCCCUGCCAAGCGUAAUAAUAAUGGAGAUUUUAACUCGAUUAGAAGCAAAACAUGUCAUAAAAUGCAAAAUUAUCUGCAAGCAAUGGAACUCCCUAAUCCAAGAGCAAUAUUUCACCAACAAACACGUACAUCAAUGGAGGACCACACUAAUCUCCUCCAGCAUCACCUGGAGAGUUCACGCAGACAACAACAAUGACGGCGAUACCAAUCAGAACAAUUUCGAAUUAAUCGCUCAAAGCUACGGCGUAACCGUCGAGAGAAGCAGCAACAAAAACGACGCCGUUAGACCAGGCGGUUGCGAGAUUCUAACACUCGGAGGCGGCGGCGAUCUGUCGUGGAGAAUCAUUCAAAUCCCUAGCUUACAUGAUCUAAAUCGAUCGAGGGAGAGAACAAGGUUCAACAUGCAAUUUCCAGAUAAGUACACAUUUUAUUUCAUGAGAAUCGGACUCAAUUUAGCUCAAAUAAUAUCAAUUUCAUUAAACGACGAAUCUGUAGCUACUGAUACAUUACCUGAAAAUACAUUUGAAAAUCCCGCCGGAGUUUCGUUUUUUUAUUUUUCAGCCUUGGAGAAGGAUUCCGGUUCCGAUGAAGGUUAUAUAACAUAUCCUGGGUUCGCCGAGAUUGUGAAAAAUAAAAAGGAAUUACAUAUUGUGUAUCUAGUUGGAAAUAGGAAUAACCGAUGGUCUAAAAAGCGAGAGGUUCCGCUGAUUUUCGUCGGAGAAGAUGAGAUGACGACGGAGAUAGAACCGUUGUUCUGUAUAAAACCUUUGGUUUACUUUAGGAAUGGAAAGCAGUGGUUAGUUUAUGAUAUUAAAAGCUGCAACAGAGAUUUUGUUGCAGAGAAGCUUAUGGUGAAUAAAUCUCAGCUUACGAGGGAGAGUUGCAACAGUUGCAGCUUGUUAACUUUUAAGGGAAUGCAACCGGAGAGGAAGAAUCUUGAAUUUACAUGUCCAUUCAAAAGAUAAAAUAACCCAUAGUCGAUAUCAAUUUACGACGUAUUUCCGUUACCUACACGUUGUCGAGCUACAUCAUUUUAAAAUUUUAUUUAUUAUUAUUGGUUUUAGUGUGAAGUGUGAUGUUCUUUUAUGAUUAUAAUCAUGUUCAUGGUUUGAUCACGAUCU